AUGGAAACCUUUGGAGAUUUCCAUGAUUUUUACUUGAAACUUGACGUCUGCCUUCUUGCAGACGUUCUGACAUCAUUUAGGAAAACGUGUUUGGAAGCGUACAAGAUCGACUGUUGUCAUAUGUACACCGCACCUGGACUUGCCUACAAAGCGAUGCUGCGUAUGACACGUGUAACCCUUGAGUUACUUACCGAUCCUGAUAUGUUACUGAUGAUUGAAAGUGGCAUACGAGGUGGGUUAGUCCAAUGUGUGACCCGCUAUGCCAAAGCAAACAACCCUCAUUUAAUCAAUACCGCUGACUACGAUCCCAAUGAAAAGCAGAGCUGGCUUCUUAUGCUUGAUGCCAUAAACUUAUAUGGCGCAUCCCAAAGCAAAUACCUUCCAACUGGACACUUUCAGUUUGUAGAGUCACCCGAAAACCUAGACUGGUCCAGUGUCUCUUCGGAUAAUCCAACCGGAUACAUACUAGAGUGUGAUCUUAAAGUCCCUGAUAAUGUUCACGAUCGUUUGCAGUACCUUCCGCCAUUGCCUGAGCUAGAAGCACCCCCGGGAAGUAAGGACAAAAAGCUGCUUGCGACACUAAAAGAUAAAACGAAAUAUGUAGCUCAUUAUUCCGUGUUUCAACAGGCCGUUAAACUGGGAUUGAUUGUAACAAAGGUCCACAGAGCAAUCUCGUUUUCACAAUCACCCUUUAUGAAAAAGUUUGUAGACUUUAACGCGGAAAUGAGAGCCAAGUCGACAAACGAGUUCUACAAAAGCAUAUUCAAAUUGAUGAAUAAUGCGAACUACGGAAGGUUGCUUAUGAACAAGCGUAACCACCGCGACGUCAGAAUUGUAACUAAAGACAGUACAUUGCAAAAGCUUAUUCGGAACCCUCAAUUCGUGGAACAUGUUAUAAUCGACCAAAACAUCGUACUUGUGUACAUGCAAAGAAAAACGGUGAUCCUCAACGCUCCUAUCUAUGCGGGAAUGUGUGUGCUUGACUUGUCCAAAGUACACAUGUAUCAGUUCUACUACGACGUACUUUGUAACCACUUUACAGACAAAGAGUUAAGGCUGCAGUAUACAGACACAGAUAGUUAUCUGCUGCACUUGACCACUGAUCGCGAUCUUUUCCAAGUAUUAAAACAGCCCACACUUGCUGCAUAUCUGGAUAUGUCAGUAUAUCCUGUAGGACAUCCGCUCAAAGACGACACAAACAAAGGUAAAAUCGGUUGUUUCAAAGACGAAUCGCGUUUAGGAAAACAUAUUCAAGAGUACGUCGGUCUACGUUCUAAAAUGUACAUUUAUCGCUAUGGGUCGGAUGAAAGUGAAAUAGAGUUCACUUCUAAAAAAGCAAAGGGUAUAAAAUCAUCCUACGUGAAACGUUACCUAUCGUUUGAAGACUAUAAAAGAACAUUGUUCGAAGGAUUUGAACCGGAAAAAGCCGAAUUCAAUCUAAUCCAAAGCCGGCUAUUCAGGAUUACAACGAAAACAGUUGUUAAACGAUCUCUGUCCGCUUCAGACAACAAGAGAGUAAUUACUAAUGACCGAAUCAACACGCUUCCCUACGGGCAUUAUAAACUUAGGACCAUCACGGAAGAACCUACCGCUGAGGAGGACAGCAAUGAAAACAAUGACAAUGACAUUAUAUGA